GCCAUGGCCCCAUUUCAGUUGCCGCGCAGCUGCUAAACGAGAAAGAAAUCUUUUCGCUGAAGAGCCCCACAUUAAAAGAACACUUCCAGAAAAAGGAAAGGCAAUUUUUUUCUCUGUGUGUGUGUUUUUUCAGUGCAAGGCGAAAGUGUUUUUCUUCAACUCGCAGCCGUAAUCGUAUCGUAAUCGCAUUGCCAUGUCGCUCUAUCGCAUUUCCGCACGCAAAUUAUCCGAGGCGCAGAAACUGCCUAAUGUGGGAGCCUAUGUCCGCAUGAUCGCCGCCGAUGGGCGGAGCCUGCGCGACGUGCUGGCCGCCAAGGUGCCCCAGGAGCAGGAGCGCGUGAAGAACUUCCGCAAGCAGCAUGGCGCCACCAAGAUGGGCGAAACGACCAUCGACAUGAUGUACGGCGGCAUGCGCGGCAUCAAGGCCCUGGUCACCGAGACCUCGGUGCUGGAUGCGGACGAGGGCAUCCGCUUCCGCGGCCUCUCCAUUCCCGAGUGCCAAAAGGUGCUGCCGGCCGCCGAUGGCGGCACCGAGCCGCUGCCCGAGGGCCUCUUCUGGCUGCUGCUGACCGGCGAGGUGCCCACCAAGUCCCAGGUGCAACAGUUGUCCCGCGAGUGGGCCGACCGAGCUGCCCUGCCCCAGCAUGUGGUGACCAUGUUGAACAACAUGCCCACCACCCUGCACCCGAUGUCGCAGUUCGCCGCCGCAGUGACCGCCCUGAAUCACGACAGCAAGUUCGCCAAGGCCUACUCGGAUGGUGUGCACAAGAGCAAGUACUGGGAGUACGUGUACGAGGACAGCAUGGAUCUGAUUGCCAAGCUGCCCGUGGUGGCGGCCACCAUCUACUGCAACACCUAUCGCGGCGGCAAGGGUUCCCGUUCGAUUGACUCCAGCCUGGAUUGGUCCGCCAACUUUGUGAAGAUGCUCGGCUAUGACAACGCGCCCUUCACCGAGCUGAUGCGUCUCUAUCUGACCAUCCACAGUGACCACGAGGGUGGCAACGUGUCCGCCCACACCGUUCACUUGGUGGGCUCGGCCCUCAGCGAUCCCUACCUCUCCUUCGCCGCCGGCCUGAACGGUCUGGCCGGUCCCCUGCACGGAUUGGCCAACCAGGAGGUGCUCGUGUGGCUGCGCAAGCUGCAGAAGGAGGCCGGCAACAACCCCUCGGAGGAGCAGCUCAAGGAGUACAUCUGGAAGACCCUCAAGUCUGGACAGGUGGUUCCCGGCUAUGGACAUGCCGUGCUCCGCAAGACCGAUCCCCGCUACACCUGCCAGCGCGAGUUCGCGUUGAAGCACCUGCCCGAGGACGAGACGUUCCAGCUGGUGUCGAAGAUCUACAAGGUGGUGCCCCCAAUUCUGACCGAGACCGGCAAGGUGAAGAACCCCUGGCCCAAUGUAGACGCCCAUUCCGGUGUGCUGCUGCAGUACUACGGCAUGAAGGAGAUGAACUAUUACACGGUUCUGUUCGGCGUGUCCCGCGCCCUCGGCGUCCUGGCCUCCCUCGUUUGGGAUCGUGCCCUCGGCCUGCCCAUCGAGCGCCCCAAGUCGUUCUCCACCGAUCUGCUGGUCAAGAUGGUCCAGAAGUAAGCCACAACACAGCUGGUCGUCGAGUGGAAGCUGGAUUGGAGCUGGAGUUCAACCCUUUUAUAGCCAGAGGAUGUUGGAUGGACGAAGGAUGCAGAAGCUGUAGAUUGUAAUAGACGAGGGACGAGAAAGAGAGUAAUGCAAUUCGAUUGGAUUGGAUGGGAAUGGAUUGAAUUGGAUUGGAUUGGAUUAGAUCAGAAUUGGAUAUCGAUAUGACGACGCUGAUAUUGAGAGAGUUGGAUAUGUGUAGUUGAGGAGAAGAGCAACCAAAUACGAACCAAUAGGACAAAAUAAAAACCAGAAGAAAACUGCAACACACUGCAACCGCAAAACAAUAAGUUGGAAAUAAGGCAGAAACUUAUUUUUAGUAGUAAAAUAAUUAACGAAAAGAAACCAACAAGCAAACACUUAAGUAAUUGUAUAAGCUAUAUAUACGAUUGACUAUAUAUAUAGGGACAGGCAGAGAGAGAAAAAAUGUUUGCGCCUAUUGUUUAUGUUCAGCAUUUCCCCACACCCACGCCCACGCC